AUGGAAGCCACAACAAAGAUGGUUGCUAGAGAUAUUAUAGUCAUUGCAAAUGAAACGAUAAAAGAAACAACAGUGAAAGAACCUAAAGUAACUACCAUAAAUAUAGAAACAAUAAAAAAACCCGAAGUAGAUGUCACUGUUCAUAAUACUGAAUCUUCACCGACGGUAACCAAAAGUAACCAAACGGUGGAAGUUACAACCAAAAUGAUUCUAAGCGACACUGAAAACUUGGAGAACAAAACGGUAAACAAAGACUCAAUAGACGAAACAACAGUGACUAAACUUAAAAUGAAUACCACAAAAACAGAAAACGUUGCUGAUGAUGCAACUGUACAACACACGAAAGCUAUAACAACAGAAAUCAGUACUGCCCCGACUAUGAAAGUCACAAAUAACACUGUUGUUAGUGACACAACAGUGGCUGAAACUAAAACUACGGUCACAAAGACUACAACGACGAGACGGAGACAGUUUCUUGUAAGUACUUUGCUGUGCCCUGACAGGGUCUACAACGGCUCUUAG